AUGCCUGCCCUGCCACUCUGCGUGCUUGCUUGCUUGCUCGCCUGCCCGUCUGCGUGCCUGCCUGCCCUGCACUCGCGCAAACGGGCGGCCAUGCAAACCGGAAGGCACUUAGAUUCACCCACACUCACACACUUGCCCACCCACACUCACAAUUUCGCGCGCAUUUGCAUUCGUGCCUGCCUCACCUACUCACCCACUCACCCACUCACCCUCCUCCCCUCGGUCUGCUGGUGCCCUCUGUCGCUCCUGCCCUGGCCUGCCCGCCCGCCCGGCCCACGCCGCGCUUUGGGCCUAGCCCGCCUGCCCGCCCACACUCGGCUCCAUGGCUGCAAACCUUAG